GCUGUGAUUCCAUCUUGUGCGCCGCCUCUCCGCUUGGAAGAAAACCUGAGCGCACCCGGCCAAGGACAAGGUGAUACCGAUUUCAAAACCCCGCACUUCGAGUACGGGCAACCUGCCACACAGACGUCAAAAACAAACGAAUUCAUCAUUCGAGCACACACAAGCUUGUCAUAUCUCACUUGCAACUUUUUCCAGCGGUUAGCGAAAAUGAGAAGAAACAUAGGAGUUCCGAACCAUGUUAAAUUGGUUUUCACAGUCAUCUCCAUUUCUUUCAUCAUCAUACAGAUUAUUUCAGCAAUCCACCUCACAAAAAUCCCUUUGUCAACCAUUUCCACACCCAAACACAAAAUCUCCACGACUGAAUACUCAAAAAUCGGCGAACUCGGAAAAACAGUAAUUGGGAUGUUACCUGAAGAUCUGCCUUUCACCCUUUUCCUGCCUUCGGAGGAAGCCUUUCGCCACGAUCUGGGAUUGAGUAGAAACGACAGUGAUGAUGCGUAUGCAACACUCACGCGGGUUUUGGGGUUCUCAGCCUUACCGAGACAUGUUUAUGUGGCAGAUUUGGAGUACGGGAAGCAAAAAAUCUAUGAUUCAAUAUCGGGAUUCACUUUGUACUUAUCGAAGACUUUGAAAGGGAUGGUGGUGGUUAAUGGUGUGGUCUCAGAGGUGGUGGAUUUGAAAUUGGGUGAGAUUCUGGUGCAUGUGAUGAAUGGGGUGGUGAUGGAUGCUGAGUUUGAGCUCUCUGAGGAGAUGAGAAUUCCUAGAAAACUGGAGAUAUGGAAGAUGGGUGUCGUGAAUUACUCGCAGGCACUAAAGCUGCAAGAGAAACUGACAUCCGACAGGAAAACACACAAGAUCACGGACACUCUCCUCUCCCUACAGCACCCUCCGACUUACACCCUCGGAAAAAGACGAACGCAACACAACGUAUUAGCCAACGAGUCCGAACUCAAAGCCAUGGGAGCCGAGCUCUACUACACAGAGAGAGGAGGUGAUGUAACUUUUCACGGGCCCCACCAAGCUGUUUUGUACCCCAUUGUUUCUCUGAGAGAACUCGGGCUGGGGGCCCGAAAAUACGUUGAGAAGCUUGAGCUGACAAUGAUUGAGCUGGCUUCUCUGUACGGUUUGGCAGCUCGUGCGGGGCAAAAGUGCGAAACCGGGGUUUGGAUUGAACAGAGAAAGAUUGGGGCGAUUGGGGUUCGUAUUUCGUCCGGGAUUACAUCUCACGGGCUGGCUUUUAAUAUUAACUCGGAUUUGAGUUACUUUGGGCAUAUAGUGCCUUGUGGGAUUGCAGAUAAAGAGGUUACAUCUUUGCAGAGGGAGGUGAAAGAAAUGCUGCUUCCUCAUGAGGAAGUUGUUACUGAGCAGUUGAUUUCCUCUUUUGUGAGGACCUUUGAUUACGGAUAUUUAUAA